UCUGUGAGGGAGGUUGGCCUUGCUUGGAACAAUAACAAGUUUUGCUGAUCCUUGAACUGUUAACUGGGCUCUGUGUGACUUAGCAAACAUCUGGGCAGCCCAGGCAGCUCCACGUUCCUCCAGGACCGGCAGAAGAGCCCCGAUUCCUCUCCCCAUGGCAAUCACAUUCAGUUUGAAGAUCUAAAAGCUGUGUAGCUUCUGGACAGGGGACGGAGAGCGUGCAGGCAAGGGACCAGGUGGGCACAGGGGAGGGCUGCGUGCCGGCUGCCGCCUGGGUUUGGUGGCAGUGGCACAGCACAGUCCCUCAGCCCCAGCUGAGCAUCUCUCCCUAUGGAACAGAGCCUCAGCAGGAUGUUGCCAUUUGAAACGUGGACAAGAAUAAGAAGGUGUCCCAACUGCGGUGCUUAUGCAGUGAGCAUGCAGAGUUCAGAGGGUGGAUCAGACUCAGCAGCUUCCGUGACACUUCAUCCUUCUGCAUCAGCCCAAGCUCCAGUGGUGCAGCCAGUGCCAGCCUCGCAGCAGAGGGUUUUGGUGCAAGCAGCAGGCUCCGCUCCCAAAGGAGCGCAGAUGCAGCAGAUCUCUGUUCCCAGAGUGCAGCAGGUUCCACAACAGGUGCAAUCCGUGCAGCACGUCUAUCCAUCCCAGGUCCAGUAUGUGGAAGGAGAAGCUGUCUAUACCAAUGGAACCAUACGAGCCGCCUACUCCUACAACACCGAAGCUCAGAUUUACGCCCCUAGCAGUGCAGCUUCCUAUUUCGAACCACAGGGAGGUGGAGCUCAGCUUGAAAUGGCGAUUGAAAACCUACAAAAAAAUGAAGGGAUUACAUCACACAAAAGCAGUUUGCUCAACAGCCAUCUCCAGUGGUUGUUGGACAACUACGAGACAGCGGAAGGCGUGAGCCUGCCCCGGAGCUCGCUCUACAACCACUACCUGCGGCACUGCCAGGAGCACAAGCUGGACCCGGUGAACGCCGCUUCCUUCGGCAAACUGAUCCGCUCGGUGUUCAUGGGGCUGAGGACUCGGCGCCUGGGAACCAGGGGAAACUCCAAAUAUCAUUACUACGGGAUCCGGCUGAAGCCAGAGUCUCCGCUGAACCGCUUGCAGGAGGACACGCAGUACAUGGCCAUGAGGCAGCAGCCCAUCCACCAGAAACAAAGGUACAGACCAGCUCAGAAGAUGGACGGCGUGGCAGAAGCUGGUUCCAACAGCAGCCUGCACACGACCCCGGAGCAAUCAGUUGCUGCUCAAAGUCAGCACCAUCAGCAGUUCAUAGAUGUAACCCAUGUCUUUCCUGAGUUCCCAGCCCCUGAUCUAGGUAACGUCCUCUUACAAGAAGGGGUCACCAUGAACGAUGUGAAAACUCUUCAGCUUCUUUACAGGAGACACUGCGAGGCAACUUUGGAUGUUGUAAUGAACCUUCAGUUUCAUUACAUAGAGAAACUCUGGCAGUCCUUCUGGAGUCCUAAAACACCAUCUAGUGAUGGCUCUGCUGCCCUGCCAUCCAGUGAAGAAGAACACGAAGGGACCCUCCCAAAAGACAAGCUGAUCACUCUGUGUAAAUACGAACCCAUCCUCAAGUGGAUGAGAAGCUGUGAUCACAUCCUGUACCAGGCCCUGGUGGAGAUUCUCAUCCCUGAUGUGCUGCGACCGGUGCCCAGCACACUUACACAGGCCAUUCGUAAUUUUGCCAAGAGUUUGGAGGGGUGGCUGAUGAACGCAAUGAGCGAAUUCCCCCCCCAGAUUGUCCAGACAAAGGUUGGAGUAGUGAGUGCCUUUGCACAGACAUUGAGGAGAUACACGUCCCUGAACCACCUGGCUCAGGCUGCCCGUGCGGUGCUGCAGAACACUUCACAGAUAAACCAGAUGCUCAGCGAUCUCAAUCGGGUCGACUUUGCCAACGUGCAGGAGCAAGCCUCGUGGGUGUGCCAGUGUGAGGAAGGCAUGGUGCAGAAGCUGGAGCAGGAUUUCAAACUCACACUGCAGCAGCAGAGCUCCCUGGACCAAUGGGCCAGUUGGCUGGAUAAUGUUGUUACUCAAGUCCUGAAGCAUCACGAGGGCAGUCCCAGCUUCCCCAAGGCAGCCAGGCAGUUCCUGUUGAAAUGGUCUUUCUACAGCUCCAUGGUGAUCCGUGACCUCACCUUGCGCAGCGCUGCCAGCUUUGGUUCCUUCCACCUGAUUCGCCUGCUGUACGACGAGUACAUGUUUUAUCUGGUAGAGCAUCGCGUUGCCCAGGCAACAGGGGAGACGCCGAUUGCCGUAAUGGGAGAGUUUGGUGACCUCACAUCCAUGUCCCCAACACUGCUGGACAAAGAUGACAUCAGUGACCUGGGCAGCGAGGUGGACACGGAUUCCCGGAGCGUGGGGGAACCGCUCGUGAAACGAGAACGCAGCGACACCGGCCACUCGCUGCAGGAGAUCUGACACGGGGACGUGGCUUUUCUCCAGCUGGAUGGAGACAUCCAGAGCCAGGUUUGGCAGCCUCAAGCCCGAGUCUCCCCAGAUCUGCGCUACUAGUGCCUCUUAGUUUCUCUCUCUGUUUCCUGCUGUUCGAGGAAGGGCUGCAGGCGGUGAACCCGAGGGGGCUCUGCCUGCCCCCUGCUCUCCUCCUGCAGCUGAGUAGAGGGUGAAGGACAAAGUCUGCUAAAGAGAGAUUGAAGCAUCCUUGGACUGGCUGUGGCUGGCGAGGAGAGGCUGUCCCCGACUGAACGAGGGGGCAAAUGACGCUUUCUCUUUCAGGGAAGGUAGUUUGGGUUUCUUCCCCACUUCUCAGACUUCACUGUGAUACAAACUUGAACCAAUCAGUGCCCAAGAGGAAGGAAAAAUGCCUGACCCUUCUCCUACAGCCUUUCGAGACACACUGUCCUGGCUCUGACUUUGCCAAAUCAUUCAUGCUGGGCGCGUGGUACCGUGCAUCCCUUGAACCUGUCGGGGGCUGUGCUCCAAGCCAGUCCCCCUGAGCAGCACACACCCAUGCCCUGGGACUUGAGAUGAGCUCUCCCCGCUGCGCCCACGUCCUGCCAGCCACGUGUUCCAUCUGCGAGCGAUCCUGGGACGCUGUUAAACCAACUCAAGAUACCAAAGGACGCCGAGGACGCGGCAGCUGGACGCAAAGCUGGCUCUGAUGCCCAUGUCUGAGGGAUGGGAUGUUCCCAUCCUCUCCAGGGUACCCACGCAGAGGGCACGAUCUCGCCCCCUGGGUUCCCAGCAGGUUCUGUAAAAUGAUCACUUGAUGUCCUGCUAAAAUACCAACGUGGCCCUGCACACAGCCCUGUGUCCAGAGCACGGGGGAGGGUGUGUGACCGCAAUGCCUUAGGGCAGGCCAGCAGCCCUGCUUCCUGCGCUGCUCCACUCCCGCUCCAGCCCUGGCCCUGCAGCAGCCAGGGGCUCCCCAUGGCCGUGGCCGGCGUCACGCUCAGCACCGCGGGGACAUUUCCCUGCUGUGCCAUCGCUGUGGGGCUGAGCCAAGGCCGCCUCCGCGCGGUCGCGGGCAGCGGGGGGUCUGGUGUCAAGCCAACUGCAAAAAGCGAGCCCCGAGGCAAAGCUGGCUGUGAAUAAAGGCUGUGUCAUAAAUAGCUUUUAUUAUAAUUAUUUCUAACGAUGUUUUAUAUGGUAUGUUUGAUGUGAGCUUUUCCAGGGGCCUCGUGUACAUUUGCAUAUCAGAGUAUAUUCUAUCCGAGUAUAACAUUUACUCAUUCAGAGUGUGGUACUAAGGUAGCUGUGACACUUUAAGAAAUAUGGAAAGUAAAAAAGAAAGCGUGUACAGUGUACAUCUUUCCCUCUUACUGUUCCGUGCCGGUGUCUGUCAGGGUGAUGUCUGUCUGUAAAUGUCUCCUAUCAUGGUAGCAAGAGACAAACGAGAGAGCUGGAUUUAUCUGUAAAUAAUGGCAAUGAGUACUCCCUGGGUCAGCGUCUGCACUUCAGACGCUGCUCAUAAGUUAGGACGGUCAAAAAAAAAACCAAUCGAGCAACCAAGUCUUAAAUUCCCCUGCUCCCUCAGGGUGUGAUGCUAACCUCAGCUGGUGCAUUGGCUCUUCUCUGCAGCCGCUGCCGACCGGACCCAGCCACCUCGUGCUCGCCCAUUGAGAUGCUCUGGAGCAGCGCAGCACCAUGCGAGGAGUCUGGAUCACCCCCUAAAUCCGUAUGCACAGAGUUCCCAGCUAAACCUGAAUAGCAAUAAACGUGUAUCAAAUGCUCAGGCCUGCACGAUA